CUAACCUCAUUUUCAAAUAGUGUUUGAUUUGGGUUGUUGUUCCAAACACGUGUUGGUUGGCUACUUUGGUAAAUUUCAAAUGUACCCGUGGUUCGUGUUUUUAUUUGGAUUUUAUUAAAAAAAAAAAUAAUGGAUUACUCUAGCGAUUCUGAACUCAGCGACAGCGAUCGGGAGCUGCAAGAAGCUUUUGUUGAGGGAAAAUUGAAGCCGGGACUAAAUACAGUACACCAAGCACCAAAAAAGGCAGUUAACAAUGUUGAAGGUUUAAAUCACAAACUAGAGGAAAUCUAUUUAAAUCUACCAUGGAUCGAAAGAUUAGACUGCAUAAACGCACAAGCACCUUUAGCUCCAGAACUGGCUGCUCAAUUAAUGGCUCAUGAACAGAAACGAGAAAACCAAUUAAAGAAUAAUAAAAAACUGCCACAGCUUAAAGCAAGCGAGGAUCCUAUAUUGAAUGAUUUUAAAAGGGAAAUGGAGUUUCAUAGACAAGCCCAAGCCGCUGUACUUGAUGCCAUACCAAAGUUGAAGGCUCUUGGAAUACCUACUAAAAGACCUGAUGACUAUUUUGCUGAAAUGGCAAAAACAGACGAGCAUAUGCAAAAAAUCAGAGAACAUUUGAUGACAAAGCAACAGCAGCAACAGAGAAGCGAAAGAGUUAAACAACUAAGACAACAAAGAAAAGAAGGCAAAAUGCUUCAAAUACAGACCAAACUCCAAAGGCAGCAAGAGAAAAAAGAAAUGCUGGACCAGGUUAAAAAGCACCGCAAAGGAGUCUCGAAAGAUCUAGACUUCCUGGAUUCCAAAAAAAGCAAAGCUAUUUCGCGGAAGGCAUUGGAAAAGAGAAAUAUGAAAAAUAAGAAAUUUGGAUUUGGUGGCAAGAAGAAGGGUGGGAAGUUGAACACAAGAGAUACAGCAGCAGACAUUAGUGAAUAUAGGAGCCCUAAACCAGGCGGUAGAAAGGGCAGGGAUUCUAAGGGUAAACAGAAGAAUAAUAGGCCAGGCAAGAAUAGGAGGAUAAAAGCUAAAAAUAAGAAAUAGAUAAGCUGUGAUUUAAAUUUGUCAAUUUUUUGUACUUGAUCACAAUGUUACUGUAAAUUGUAAACAAAUUUCCUGUUAAAAAUAUGUAAUACUAAUCUAUACUAAU